AUGCCUUACCAAGUCCUAGAGCGCAUAGACAAGGCACAUCAUGUCUUCGUCGUACCCUCCAAAAAGAUACACGACGGCAAUGAUGUCCAAACUUUCUUCACUACAAAGGCAUACAGAGACAUCAUGGCAUUCCUUCUACAGCUGAAUCGAGCAAUAUUUCCGCGCAAAAUCGACAAUACAGUACAGACAUGGCAAUUGAACUCUCUUGAAGUCGAAUAUUCCGAACCCACUCGUCGCAUACAGCUAUUGUUAUCAAGACUGGAAAGCAUCAUAGACGAGGUACCGCCAGACACCGGCCCGAGACGUUUUGGGAACAUCAGCUUUCGGAAAUGGCAUCAGAUUGUCGAGGAACGAUUAGCAGGUUUUCUCGAUGAAGCUCUCGGGACAGAGGUCCUUGAAAACUCACAGGAUUCUUCCGCUCAGAACGUCACUUCACGGCAAGAGCUACAAGCCUACCUCCUUGGAAGCUUUGGCAGCGCGCAAAGAUUGGACUAUGGCACGGGUCACGAAUUGAGCUUCCUAGCUUUCUUGGCUUGUCUCUGGAAAUUAAGCGUAUUUCCUGAGACUGGUCCAGGUGUGGAAGAGAGAGGUAUAGUCAUUGGGAUUAUCGAACCUUACUUGGAUCUCGUUCGGAAUUUGAUCAAGACAUAUACUUUGGAACCGGCAGGAACUCAUGGGGUAUGGGGACUCGAUGAUCAUUUCUUCCUUCCGUACAUAUUUGGAUCCGCCCAAUACUCGCCUGCCAUCGCCGAGACGGAUGAGACGCCAGUUGAAGGAUCCUUAUCCGAUGCUCCCGCUCCAACCUCGGUGGUCAAAAACAAUAUUGUGGAAAGAGAACGCAGAAAAAACAUGUAUUUUUCUGCGAUUGGGUUCAUAUACGAUGUAAAGAAGGGGCCAUUCUGGGAGCACAGCCCGAUGCUUUUUGAUAUAUCUGGUGUGACAGGUGGUUGGGGGAAGAUCAACAAGGGCAUGAUCAAAAUGUACAAUGCCGAAGUACUCUCCAAGUUCCCUGUGGUGCAACACUUUCCAUUCGGUUCGCUAUUCAGCUGGGAUCGAGACCCCAGUGCAAUCUCAUCUCUGCCUUCAAUAUAUUCCCAGCAGGCAAAUACAUCGACAAUCUCACCAUCCGUUACCAGCCAACCUGCAAGUACGCGUGCCCCAUGGAGUCAGCCCAGCACGUCAUUACCAGGAGCUACUGCUGUUCCAUGGGCAACAAAUACGGCACGGAAUCCCCAGGUUUCUACCAAUGAUACUCCUUCAGCCACUCGGACACCCUUUCAAAAUACAUUACCCGCCACUUCGAGAAAUCCUCCGGACUUAAUGGCUCCAACUCGCGCGCCAUGGGCUAAGCCUUCAUAA